AUGAGCUCGCAGCGUUAUCAGCGGGUUAAUGCCCAUGACGACGACGAAGUUGAUUCCCAUUCGUCGAUCCCUCUACAAACAGCCCCAGCGCCCUCGUCUCCGCCGCCCUCAUUCCACUCUCGUUCCUCUUCCUUCUCGUCAAGAAGACUCCUUCAGAAUGGCUCCCAUCGAAGCGAUGCAGACCAGACUCUUGCCGACGCCUUUGGCGAUGGGAGCGAUUCCGAGGCAGAUGACGAACCUGAUGACCGACAGCGACUGAUGCGGGCCCAUCCGGAGCAGUCCUCACCAGCGGGCAGUGGCGGAGAUGCUGCUCCUUCAUCUGCCGCCAGCAACGAACCACCGUCACAGAGAAACCAGUCGAACUCGACUCUUCAGAGAAGGCCAACAAUACUGCCCAGUUUCAGCACACCCUCGUCAGGCGCAGGUCGCAUGAUCAGUUCGUCAAAUGACGGAGUCUUUGCCAAUCUGGCCGCCAAGCCCGAACGGGGAGAGAAGAACGAGGAUCUACCUCCGUCCUACGAAGAAGCAGCCGCGGACGCCACACCCCCGUACUGGGAGACCACAAUCUUGGCUCCCGGCAUCUCGUCCAAUGAGGUGUAUGUGGAUGGACUGCCGGUCGGCUCGGUCUUCUCCUUCGUAUGGAACGCCAUGAUCUCGAUGUCCUUCCAGCUGGUCGGCUUCCUCCUGACUUACCUCCUUCACACCACACACGCCGCGAAAAACGGCAGCAGAGCUGGUCUCGGCCUUACAUUGGUGCAGUAUGGUUUCUACAUGAAAGGGGGGAGUGAUGCGGGAUCGGGUGAUGGUGGCUCGGACUAUGUUCCUCCUCCGGAUCCCAACAGCCACAACUUCGAUCCAACUUCGGUGUCUGAUGGUUCAUCCGGUGGCAACGGAGGUGGCGGUGCGGUAUCCGACAUCACGACGAGCGAGUGGAUUUCUUAUGUCCUGAUGAUUGUCGGUUGGUUCAUUCUGAUACGCGCCAUCAGCGACUUCCUACGGGCCCGGCGGCAUGAGCAACUGGUGCUGCAGAGCCCCGAGCGUGGUCUCAGCGUUCCGUUAAACCUCCUCUUGGCGGCUCUCCGCAACUGCCCAACCGUCCCGGCUUCUCCGCCGCGAUUGUUUGUUUUGCUCAGGAACAGCGCUUCUAGGCACUUUCAGGCGUCCAAUACAGCUCAUCCCGCGCGCUCCGUCCAUCUACGUGCCCUGCGACUGUUAAUUUUCAAUUCAAUGGCCAAGGUCGACGGUGCGGCGGACGCAGCUUCUGCAUCCUCCCCCGCGUCGCUCAAUCCCAAUAUCCCCCAGGGUCCAGUCGAGGCUCGUUCUCUCUCGUCCAUCACGACCAUAGCCUCAAACCCCCCGGCCUAUCCUCGGAAUCCAACGCAAAAGAAGCUAGAUCCUCUUGUGCUCUAUAUUGUGCGGGUACCCGGAAGCAAAGAUGUAUUUCUCUCGCCGUUGAAGCCUCCAACCAAAUCAAGCAUCUCCGCAGAAGCCAUCAACGCCUCCCUUUACUACCUACAUGUUGCGACGCCGGAGGAUGAUAUCCUGCUGCAGGAGGUCGAGGAGGAGCGGGAACAGCAGGCUAGAUUACAAAAGGAACAAUUGAGCGAAGGAGCAGAGGCCGCCAAGUCGCCGGCGGAGUUUGCGCGAUUGAACAAUGUCCGGCGAAAGCCUGUGCCGGGUGGUGGCAGCGGUGCGAGCUCGAACCUUCUUCCGCAGACUCAGCCUGUAGGGUUGUCGCAACCGCUGCAGCAGGAGAAUCACUCGCCGUACCCUCCUACUUUCGACUCUCAGCGUCCGCUGAUCCCGACCCGUCCGAUGCUUUCUCAAGGUUUUUCCAGUUCGGAGUCAGUCACCGCUGGUCCUUGGGCUUCGAAUAUCUGCGACCAAUACCUGGGCGACUCGCCUGGAGAUACAGGAGAGACUAGAGCGCCCCCCUUACCACCUCGGCCUCGGCCUUUUGUGCCAACUACUUCAGAUCCGAUCAACAACAGUCCCUCGGGGAAGAAGAAUCAUCGAUGGAGCGCCCUGUCGGGGUAUCUCAACAGUAAAGGGCUCGAUAGCUGGAAGGAAAAGUACGAAGCCAUGUCCGCAGGUCGUCUUAGCUUCGAUGCCCGUCGGCCCGAACUACGACCGCAUACGUCUGACGGGGCAGGAUCGAAUGUUUGCCGAGGAUCGCCGUCAAGGAGCCCAGGGCAGUCUCCGCACAGAAGGCCGCGCGACCACGGCCAGGCUUCAGACCGACGUGGAUUCCAUAUCACUCUCAUCCGCCGCGAUCCCACUCACGGCAGUCAAUGGAAUGUUGCGACCAUCUCCACCUCUAAGACGGACAGCACCGCCGUCGACAUCGAGGUAUCGACACCGGGGUAUAACCGGUUCCUAGCCCAGGAUGAGCCGUUCUCCCUGCAGAGUCUGGGCAUAAACCUCCCGUCAGAUGCACAGUGUCUGCCCUCAUCCGCAUUCAAAUUUCCCACCCAGUCGCAGACUGAACCCCCGUCCAGGGACCCGUCCCUGCCCCGCAAAUUCCGCCGCCAGCUCUGCGUAUCACGGCCACAUCACCAGCGGGACGACUCGCGAGGCUCACUGGAUAUGCCCACCAACAGAGCCUCACUGGACACGUUUAAUGGCAGCCCGACCAGGCCACACUCGCAGGCCCACUCCAAGCUGAAAAGCGGCUACUACACCUUCAUCUCACCCUGGAACGGCAUCUGCACAUUCUCAACCAGCGUCAACGGCCGCAGCCUCAAAUGCAAGCACAUGAUCCCCACACCCUCAUAUCCAGGCAAUGGAACGACCCCCUCCAGCCCCGGCGCUCCAGCCGUGACCGUCGCAGAAAUCCGCUUCAACACCCCCUUCCAAGCCGGUCAUCUCCACCACCAACCCAGCUCCACCCAUAUCUCCCCCUUCACCCUCAGCCAGACCUCCACAUUCAGAGACCCAUCCGCCUCUGCCUCAGACACCCCGGGCCAAACACCCGCCUCAAAACGCAACUCCCUCGCCCAGUUCCUCAACCCAACCACCUACACCAGACCCCGCUCCCGCUCCGGCGCCAGCGCAUCCUCCGUCUCAUCCCUACCCAGGCACGGCCACUCACACACACGCAACCCCUCCUCAAGCAGCACCAGCAGCGGCGGGCCCGACGACCGUCUCGACCUGUCGCUCGCGCGCGAACCAGCGGGCGGGGGCAUGCGCGGCAAGAGCGCGAAGCUGGGGAAACUGAUCAUCGAAGACGAGGGCAUCAAGAUGCUGGAUCUGGUCGUUGCGGCUUGUAUGGCUGUCUGGUGGAGGGGGUAUUACCAUUAG